CUGCGACAGCACCCUCAGCCACCGAAUCUUGGACGUUACCUUAACCUGCUUGCUGACAUCCGAUCGCCUUCUCGAAUUAUUCCUCAAAUCAUUAGCUUUGUCUUACCCCAAACACCAAAAUUUCCAUCAUCGUUCAUGCUGUGACCGUCGCAUUUUCGCUAGUCGUCGUCGCUUUGAGGUAGACUUCGACUUCGAUUCCAGCAAUGAUGGAUAUCGCAGGCAAGUCAAAGGAAUCUAUCGAGCUGCGCGUCGCAUCUCAGAACAAUGGCGACACCCUCCUCUCCUUCUCCGAUUUCUCCGGUGGUAACUACCACUCGUCCCGCGACGAUACCACCUUGAGGCGGCUCGGGAAGCGCCCGCUUCUCAAUCGUAGCUUCGGUUUCAUGUCGAGUUUGGGACUAUCCUGCACCGUCUUACUAUCCUGGGAAGGCAUUCUAGUGACAUCCGUGCCUACGUUUCUUAACAACGGCCCCGGAGGCGUGAUAUGGGCUUUCCUCAUCGGCUGGGUCGGCGUCACCUCAGUUUACGCAACGGUAGCCGAGCUGGCUUCGAUAGCUCCGACUGCCGGUGGACAAUAUCACUGGGUCGCCAUGAUGGCGCCGGACUCAUGCGCCAAUUUUCUAUCUUACUUGACAGCUUGGCUUACGACGCUGGCAUGGCAGGUCAUAGCCAUCACCACUAGCUACUCCGUCGCGACCAUCAUCCAGGGCAUCAUCGUCCUAGCGCGACCGACCUACGUCGCCAUAGCAUGGCACACGGUGCUGAUCAUGUGGGCCGCGGCAGUAUUCUCAGUCUUAGUCAACUCGACGACGGGGCGCGCGCUAGCCAAGUUCGAAGGCGCCGUGCUCAUCCUGCACCUGGCGGGCUUCUUCGGCGUGCUGGUCCCGCUGGUCUACUUCGCGCCGCACAACACUCCCGCGGAGGUGUUCACGACGUUCAGCAACAACGGCGGAUGGCCGACACAAGGGGUCGCCUUCCUCGUCGGCGUGCCGACCGUCGCGAGCACGCUUACCGGCGCCGACUGCGCCGUGCACAUGUCCGAGGAGGUGCGCCAGGCCAACGUCGUCGUGCCACGCGCCCUCAUCUACACCAUCUUCAUCAACGGCGCGCUCGGCUUCGCCAUGGUCAUCGCCCUGCUGUUCUGUAUUAGCGAUGUGCCCGCUGCUGUGGCUGCUGCUGAUACUAUGUUCUACCCCUUCCUGCAGAUCUUCGAGUCCGCUGUUAAGUCGACGACGGGUGCUUGUAUCAUGGCCGGCGUCGUGCUGGUCCUCGCCGUCGCGAGCUCUAUUAGUACCUACGCGUCUGCGUCGCGCAUGAUGUGGUCGUUCGCGCGGGAUAAGGGGUUGCCUUUCGAUAGCUAUUUGGUCAAGCUCAACAAAAACUCGCUUCCCGUCUACGCUAUCAUCUGCACUAUGGCCAUCACGGUCCUAAUUUCACUUAUCGUGCUCGGCUCCUCCGUCGUCCUGUCCGCCCUGCUAUCCCUCCUGCUCGCCGCCAUAUACUCCUCGUACCUCCUAGCGUGCGGCCUGCUUCUCUGGCGCCGGUGCACGGGCGCUUUCCAGCCCUACGUCGCGGGCGCCGACGAGGAUCCCAGAAACGCGGACCAGCUGUUCUGGGGCCCCUGGAAGCUACCGGAGCCUUUCGGCACUAUCAACAACGCUUUUGCGUGCGUGUAUACCUUGUUCUUGCUGUUCUGGUCCUUCUGGCCCCAGUCCAAUAACCCCGACCCCGAGGAGCUGAAUUGGAGCGUGGUGGUGUAUGGGGCUGUGCUCGUGUUCAGCGUUGUUUGGUACGUUGUGAGGGCGAGACAUCAUUUCAAAGGCCCUAUUAGGGAGGUUUAGCUUGGCGAGCGCCAAUGUAUUUAUUGGAUAUCUGCACAUAUAAUGAAAUAAUUUGAUCU